CCGGGCCAGCAUGACCGAGGUGAAAGCCAAGGAGCCCAGAGCGCCUCCGCCUGCCACAGACGGGGCGGUCCUGCUGCAGAGUCAGCCUGGCCGAGAUCCCUUCCGCGAGGAAGCGGAGUCCGUCGAGAUCUCCCUGGACGGGCUGCUUUACCCCAAGAGCAGCGACGAGGAGGAGGACGAAGAGGAGGAGGAGGAGGAGGAAGGAGAGGAGGAGGAGGAAGAGGCGCAGCAGCAUCUGGGGCGGGAGGACGGCCGGGACUCCAUCUGUUACCAGCCAGGGAGCGGCUCCCUCUCGGUCAAGGACUCCCUGGACACCGUCCUGGACACCUUCCUGGCGCCUGCGGCUCAUGCCAACUCCACCGUGGCCGCGGCGCCCUGGUCCUUCUUCGAGGCGGAGGCGGCGCCCGACGGCCCGAUGAGCAGCGGCCCCUCGCAGAAGGCGGCCGAAGCCGCCCCCGGGGCGCGGCCGGCGGGGCCGGGGGCCGGCGCGGAGUGUCCCGCCGCGGCGCCCAAGGGCGAUGCCCCGGGUGUCGGGGCGCUGCCCGGCGGGUCCCGGGCGGGGGACCCGGGGCAGGAAUACCUGCACGUGCCGCUGCUGCCGCUCAACUCGGCCUUCCUGGCAUCGCGCACGCGGCAGCUGCUGGACGGGGCGGAGUACGAGGGCGGCGCGGUGCCGCGCUGCUCGCCCCCCGCCCCGGACCUGCCGGCCUACGGCUUCCCGCCGCCCGACGCCAAGGACGGGCCCUUCGCCUACGACAUCCAGCCGGUAAUGAAGAUCAAGGAGGAGGGUCUCGGCCUCGCCUCCCGCUACCCGGGCGGCAGGGCCACCCCCGCGGCGGGCUGCCACGACUACCCGCAGGCUCCGCGGGCCGGGCAGGAGCCCUCGCUGGAGUGCGUCCUCUACAAAGCGGAGCCCACCCUGCUGGCCGGCGCCUACGGGCCGGCGGCGCCACCCGACAGCCUGCCCUCCACAUCGGCCGCGCCGCCGGGGCUCUACCCGGCCCUGGGGCUGAACGGGCACCAGCCGCUGGGCUUCCCGGCCGCCGUGCUCAAGGAGGGCCUGCCCCAGCUCUGCCCGCCCUACCUCGGCUACGCGCGGCCAGAUACGGAAACCAGCCAAAGUUCUCAGUUCAGUUUCGAAUCACUGCCCCAGAAGAUUUGUCUCAUCUGCGGUGAUGAGGCUUCAGGUUGCCACUAUGGAGUGCUUACCUGUGGAAGUUGUAAAGUCUUCUUUAAAAGGGCAAUGGAAGGGCAGCACAACUAUUUAUGUGCUGGAAGAAAUGACUGCAUAGUCGAUAAAAUCCGUAGGAAGAACUGCCCAGCAUGUCGCUUGAGGAAGUGCUGUCAAGCUGGUAUGGUCCUGGGAGGUCGGAAAUUGAAAAAGUUUAACAAAAUUAAGGUUGUGAGAACAUUAGAUGUUGCACUCCAGCAGCCAGCAGCCCUUCAAGAUGAAAGCCAAUCUCUAACCCAAAGGCUGUCCUUCUCUCCAAAUCAAGAAAUACAGUUUGUUCCCCCAAUGAUAAGUGUUUUACGAGGCAUUGAGCCAGAAGUUGUCUAUGCUGGUUAUGACAAUACAAAACCUGAAACACCAAGUUCCUUGCUGACCAGUCUGAAUCAUCUUUGUGAGAGGCAACUUCUUUGUGUAGUCAAGUGGUCUAAAUUACUACCAGGUUUUCGGAAUUUGCAUAUCGAUGAUCAGAUAACCCUCAUCCAGUAUUCCUGGAUGAGUCUAAUGGUUUUUGCAAUGGGAUGGAGAUCAUACAAGCACGUCAGUGGUCAGAUGUUGUAUUUUGCACCAGAUCUGAUUCUGAAUGAACAGAGGAUGAAAGAAUCAUCGUUCUAUUCCCUGUGUCUAUCCAUGUGGCAACUCCCACAGGAAUUUGUCAGACUUCAAGUUAGCCAAGAAGAGUUCCUGUGUAUGAAAGCACUGUUACUUCUCAACACAAUUCCUUUGGAAGGUCUAAGAAGUCAAAGCCAAUUUGAUGAGAUGAGAACAAGUUACAUCAGAGAACUGGUGAAGGCAAUUGGUUUGCGCCAGAAAGGCGUUGUGGCCAACUCACAGCGUUUCUAUCAACUUACAAAACUGAUGGAUUCCAUGCAUGAUCUGGUGAAACAGCUCCAUCUCUUCUGUUUGAACACAUUUCUCCAGUCCCGUGCACUGAGCGUUGAAUUCCCUGAGAUGAUGUCAGAGGUGAUUGCUGCACAGCUACCCAAGAUUCUAGCAGGGAUGGUGAAACCUCUUCUCUUUCACAAGAAGUGAAAUGUCUUUUCUCUUAUCACAGAGAUGAUACCUGGGUCAUUUUUUGUUUGUUUAUUUUGGUCAAGAUUUUUAAAUGUCAGGACUUCAGCAUAUUUGACAUACUUACCCUGCCGACUGCUUUGUACCUGUAACAUACACAAGCCAUUCAAGCUUGAUGUACAUAUUGUGUGUUCCUGAUUCCUUAACUGCAAAAAUCACAACAGUCAUGAGAAAUGUUUUGUAGACUCGUCUAAGCUGCUUUUUAGAUAUGCAUAUGAAUGACAGUGAAUGGACUUUCCAGAUUUCUAACAACAGUUAUACAUUUUUCUUACACAUUGCACACUCUUGAAUUUCUGGUAUGACAUGGUGCAAAAUUUUUACUUUAGCACAUUGUGUGCAUGGGUACAUGUGGGCACAUGAAUAAUGUAAGAUUUUGGAGGAAUUAAAAUAAAUAUUGCCCACAUUUUCUUACAGGUAUUUUACUUUUUAUUACUGCAAUGCCAUCAAAAAUAAAUAAUGUGCUAGGCACACAGUAUACGUUCAUACUCUCAUCUGUGGUCAUGUUGCAUUGAAACUCUUAAUCCAGCAUACUGUUUUCUGCAUCAUUCAGUGGAGCUCUUCUUCAAAAAUCAGAAAAUUUAGGAAAUUUCCAGUGUGUAUUACACCAGAAGUAAUGUGUUUGCAAGCCCACUAAGCUUUGGUUUGUAUUAUUUUUCAUUAAAAGUUCAGCACUUAAUAAAGCUAAAUCACUUCACUGUAAUCCUAAAUUAAUCAACUCUUACAUUCUGUAUUUCAGAAGCUUUAAAUAGAGAUGUUUUCACUGACUACAACUCUUAGUGUUUUGAAUUCCAAUGCUGAACACUCAGUCAGCCAUUAGCAUCAAAUUAUAGUGAGAUCAGAUGCAAAAAGAAAUGGAAAAUAUGACUGCAAACAUUUUGAUACACAUCAGACUCAUUUCAGUAUGAUUUAGUGGAGCUACAUAUUUUCUAUUUUAAAAGCACACCAUUAUAAAUGGGGUAACUGUAAAAAAGGAAUUCGACUCAAUUAGCUUUAUACAUUCAAGAAGAAUGACAUGUUUUAGCAUAGAAAUGAACAUUCAACUGAAAAAUUAUUAUGUGGUGGUGUUUGUUCCUUUGGUAUGGUUAUGAAGCAACUCAUGCAUUUAAGGCAGUAAAUUGUAGAUCUAUUCAAACAAUAGAGAAACAGAUAAACCUUAAGAAGAAUUUAUGAGUCUAUGAAAAUACAACAAAUUUUGCCAGUCAUUACAAAUGAUACAUAAACAUAGGAAAUGGUGAGUCUGUUCUGGAUACUUCUGGCCUUAUGCUUUUGCUUUGCCCAUGGCUUGUUAGCUGUCCCCAUUGUGUGGCUGUGUCCUGCUGGUGACGUGUAGCCUGGUCUGUACAGACAUAUCCUUGUCACAUGAACAAAGGCCCCUGGGAUGUAAGUUCAGUAUCCCCGGCUAAAUCAGGGUGCCCCUCAUUAAAAGUAUCAGUGAUGUUACUUGUUGGUAAAAAUUACAUCUUGGUUCUUGAAAAAACUGUGGACAACUGACAAGUACAGGAAUGUCUCAAGGUGUCCUUACUGGUCAUAACUUCCUAAAGCCAGCGAAGAAGAAUCUACAUUACAGCUGGGAAUAAGAGUAUUUUUGAGAUCCCCACAAAGCAGUACAAAACCCACUAGAGCUGGUGCAAAUGUGUGACCUUAGAUAAAGUGGUAUAGACAGACUUCUCUGUUAGUUGACUAGGUUUGUCAUUUCUAACUGCCCAGGAAAGCAAUGUCUUUGAUAUUCCGUACAGUCUGACUUUUAACUGUGAU